GUCCAAGUGACGUUAUCGCGUAGGUUUACGUAAGGCUAGCGCUCCGGUUUCCUGGCGGAGAAGAUGGCGGCUCCUGGACCGGGGGAGUAUUUUAACGUCGGGAGCCAUGUCUCCUGCCUCACCUGCUUGGGGCAGCGUUUGCAAGGAGAAGUCGUGGCCUUCGACUACCCGUCCAAGAUGUUGACUUUGAAAUGUGCUUCCUCCAGUGGUAAGCCAAACCUCAGCGACGUCGUCUUGAUUAAUUUAGCCUAUGUGUCGGAAGUGGAAAUAAUAAACGACCGCACAGAAACCCCUCCUCCUCUAGCAUCACUGAAUGUUAGCAAGCUUGCCACUCGAGCACGGACGGAAAAGGAAGACAAGUUGUCCCAAGCAUAUGCAAUUAGCGCUGGGGUUUCUGUGGAGGGCCAGCAGCUUUUCCAGACUAUACACAAAACCAUCAAAGACUGUAAAUGGCAGGAGAAGAACAUAAUUGUGAUGGAUGACGUCGUAAUCUCGCCGCCUUACCAGGUCGAGAACUGCAAAGGCAAGGAGGGAAGCGCUUUAAGUCACGUACGCAAAAUAGUUGAGAAACAUUUUAGAGAUGUGGAAAGCCAGAAGUCCGUGCAGCGGUCACAAGCACAGCAAACACAGAAGGACUCCACUUUAUCAUCUUGAGCCAGUGGUUGGGCUUUGGGGAAGACGACAGAGGCCGUUUAUUUCCGCUUCCAGUCGAGGCCAGCAUCCCUCACCCUCAUGCCUGCGGCAGUGAGGAGAGCUGAGGGCCUUCGGUCUGGGAGACCGAAAACAUUUAAAGAAAAAGAAAAAAAAAAGAGGAAAAGGUUAAAUUCUCAAUUUAGACUUUUUAAAGAUAAUUUAAAGAAAAAACAACCCCCCACAAAGUUUCCUUGACUAACUUUUCGCCCCCCUCCCCCCCCCCCCAAACCUGCCUUUUUUUUCUCCCUGUCAUCCUCCCUUCACCCCUUCUUCCAUUCCCUCUGAAAGAGAAAGAUAGAGCAGUCAGAACCUUGUUAGCUUUUUCUUUGUUUCCUUUUUGCCGUAUCCAUGUUCAACAAGUUUCUGCAUUUUCUGUAUUUUAAAACAAAAUGUGACUUAAAAUGCCACACUUUAAAAAGGACAUUUUCUAAAAUAAAAGUAACAAAAAUUCUGACUGUAAUACUGUAAUAGCUUUUUUGCAAAGCUAAAGGCUUUUUUAAAAUGAUGGUGGGGGAAAAAAAAUCCAACUUGUAAAGCGUGUGGUCAAGAAAAGAAUUGGAGACAAAAUUGCACUUUAAAAGGGAAAAUGGGAGGUUUUAUUUUAUUUCGUUUUUUCAAGUGCGGGGUAAAGAAGUAGAGAGUGUGAAUAAUCAAGCUUAAUUUGCAUUUCCUACCCCAGGUAAAAGUCCUUUUGGUAAACAUCUCUUUUUAAUUGUGUAAUUUUGACACUUGUCAUUUGACAAAUCUUUCUCCCACUAUCCCAUUUGGCUAGUU